AUGUAUUCUUUGGAAAAUCUCCACAAUAUUGAGGUUCUAGUCUUCUCAAACUAUGCGUUUUCCUUGGAGGUGUUACUUAACCAUGAAAAGCCGAGUCAUUAUGUAAGAGUCUCUUUGACAACUCACGAAGUUGUAUUGGCCAUUGCAGUUUGGGAAAAAUGCUUCGGGUUCAUGGUCCGUCCCCAGAGACCUGACACUCAUGUUUCUUUCAAGAAAUUAGCGCCGGGGUCUUGGAGAGUUACUUUGCAAGGCAGCAGACAAAACAUUUUGAAACUAUUGCUUGCCACAGGCUUUGAUAUCAUUCGGUUUCAAGUGGAUGACUUGAAUGCCCAAGUACACGCUCUGGAAGAAGCCUUCUUUGGGUAUUCUAUCCGUGUACCCUUGAGCAAAAUCGCGAGUAAAGUGGAUAUCUUCUUGAAAGAGUUGAAAGACCCACUGAGCAUAGUCUCAGACCCUGAAGCUUCCUCACCACCACCACCUUCUCUUUCGGCUUCAGGAAAUCGUCUCUUUGGAGUUCCUCCAAGACGUGAAGACACUAAUGUCAGUCGUUUGUCAUCGUCGCAAAAUCCCAGCAAUACGAUAGAAAUAUACAGAAGUCAUCCGGCUUCUGUAGCUUCUCAGGAGAUUCUGGUUCACAAAAUGAAACCUAAAGACUUGGAAACAGAAUCAGAAGAUGGUUUUCCAGGCUGGGGCCGCGUUCCCUUAAGAACUAUGCAUGAUUAUUCCGAUCGGAAUGAAAACACCAAUGCAUUUUCCAAUGAGAAUCUCGCUCAAGUCACUGAAACUAUACGGUUGUCCAAAAGUGAAGUGAGUGCCAUCAUUGGGCCCCAAGGAAAGAGGAUUGACGUGAUCCGCGAGGCAACUCACUGCCGGAUCUCGGUUUUGCCCGUCACACUAGAAACAAUGAAUAGCAGAUUCCGAACGCAGGAGUUCCCCCAAACCAUCUCACUAAAGGGGAAACCUCACCAAGUCGCCCAGGCUAAGGUCAUGCUUCGGAGAGCUUUACUAGAAUGUCGCAGCAAGUGA